AUGCCUGUUGGCCUAGGUGCUGCCGCCUAUGCUUGUUUGUAUUCCAGAACCUCAAAACGAGAAGACCUCAAAAUUCGCUACGAUAUGUUGUUGGCGCGCUCGCAACUUCCACAUAGCCUUAGAAGACCAUUGCCACCCUGCGAAGGACCAAACCUGUCAGCGUUCAAGAGAGGGGGGCUUGCUAUCCACUUCAUAAAGCUUCUCAGUUCGUCGCCGCGCUUGGACGGAUCUGAAGGAGCCGAAGGAAGCCACAGCUAUGUCUUCAAAGUUCGCAUAGGUAAGAAGAAGUAUGCACUGAAGGUGUUCAAGUUCUUCAGUGUCGAGCACGAACGCUCUUCAGUAUUUCCUACCGAUAAGAGUGUAGAGCAUACGGAAAGUUGCAAACCCAUGAGCAAGAGCAGGAAAGAAAACGAACAAGAGACGAGAGGCGGCAACAUCGGGAACAUCGACACCGACUAUGUUUGCGGCGGCAUAAAGACAUAA